AUGGCGCUUUCCAUCGAGGAUGCUUUUACGUGCCACUUUUCAACCAUUGUGGCCUUUACUCAGUGUGCCAUAGCCCUUGAACUUCAGAAGAAGAAAAAGAUAAAGCCAAAAAAGACUGUGGAACUCCUCAAUCUGGAAGCUCAGCUUAUUAAGAAAGAAGAUACGAAAAUCAGAAAAACAAUUCCGGCUGAUCAGCGAUUGUCUGUAACACUUUUCUAUCUGGCCACAGGACAGUCGCGGCGUUCAUUAUCAUGGUCGUACAGAAUCAGCCACAACCUUAUAUCGGCUAUAAUUCCUGAAGUCUGCCAGGCUAUUUAUGCUGUGUUAGGGGAACAUACCUCAAACUACCAACGACAUCAGCAGAAUGCAUCUGUAGCAUCUGCCUUCCAUGAUAUGUGGAAUUUCCCUUUUUGUUUGGGGGCUUUGGAUGGGAAAAGAGUGCUAGUGAGAAAGCCUGCCAACUCAGGGUCUGAGUAUUUUGAUUACAAAACUCAUCAUAGCAUCAUAAUGUUAGCUUUGGUAGAUGCCAACUAUAAAUUCUUGUAUGUCGACAUUGGAACCAAGGGACGUGCUAGUGAUGCUGGGGUGUGGGAUAAAUGUACUCUGAGAGACUGCAUUGAGAAGCAGCAACUGCAGAUUCCUCAAAACGAUACGUUGCCCUAUACCAAUAUCAGAGUGGCUUAUGUCAUAGUAGAUGAUGACGCAUUUCCUCUAAAGUGCUACUUAAUGAAGCCUUAUCCGGGUAAAAAUAUAACCAAUGUGCAAAGAGUAUUCAAUUAUAGGUUGUCAAGGGCACGACGGAUUUCUGAAAAUGCUUUUGGAAUUCUUGCCUCCAAAUUCCGAGUGUUGCUGCAACCAAUUGCCUCGAAGCCAGAAUUUGUAAAAAACAUAAUUUUUGCAGCUGUAGUGCUGCACAAUUUCCUGCGAGUCAAGAGUGGGAAUCCUGUCCGACCUGAAAUGCUUAUGAGGGAAGACCAUGAAAAAGGUAUUUUGAUUCCAGGUGAUUUGGAGGUAGUACCAAAUGCCAUGGAAAAUCUCCAGCCAACAGCACGUGGCCACUCGCAUGAAGCCAAACGUGUAAGAAACACUAUGGGUUCCGUUUCUUGGCAAGAGAGGGUGGCUAAUUUACACUGA